AUGCCAUUAUUCAUAUUUUGCAACUACAGUUCCUUCGAAUCACAACCCUCCUUGCAAACUCAAACAACAAAUGUCUUCUUUACCAGAGUCAAUAUUCUUCGCCUAGCAACCUAUUUAGAAACCACAGAAACAACCUUUGAG